UGGUGCGCAAAUCAGAGUUCAGGUAAAAUCAGUUAAAAGACAUAAAGUAGACAACGGUAGUAGAAAGCGAAGAUUCCCUGCUUCUACAAACAAAGAAAAAGAAAAUACAGAUCCUCAAACAAUUCCAGCACGAAAAAAGAAAAAAUAG